AAUCGAAAGUAAUAUGAAGUACUUCAUAACUGUUUAUCUGAGAAAUAUAAUUCUACCACCACCUAACUCACAUUCAUGAAAGGGAAGGUAUUCUACUUAUUAUCACCAAUUCAGUUAGCAACAGAAGCAGACUUUGCAACAAGUAAGUAAUAAUGUUCAUUUUUCAUGUUAUUAAAAAAAGCAGAUUUCAUUGAUUAUUUUGGUACAUACUGAUGUCUCAAAAGCACUUUAUGAAAACUCAUCUCACUGUCCAUAUGCAUUUACAUUUACAUGAUAUAUCACAGUGUAUUUGAUAUCAGUAAAAAGUACAGGCAUUAUUAAAACAUGAUUUUACUGUUGAUGCACUUUGUGAAUGUAAUGUUCAUAAUGCUGCCUUCAGAUUUCCAGUGUUACACAAUCAUGCCAUGGUAAAUUUUUUUGUAUACAAUGGAAGUACUUAGAUUUAGUUUGAGAAAUGUUUGAAGCAAAACACAACAUAGUGAUUACUCUUCUGAUGGAAAAAUUGUUCUGUAAUUGUGAGGGGCUGAUGGUGGAAUACAUUACUGAAUAUGGGUAAUUCAAGAUUCACAUGAAAACAUACUUAGGUAGUUUAGAUCCUUGUACAGCAACAGUUGAUAACUUUUACCCUAGACAUGCAUCAUAUAGAGUGUACAUUGUGGUCACACACUGUACACUCUACACAAUGCAUGUCUGUGUCUGAGGAGGGACAUGAUUCACUGCCUGCACUCACCACCAGCAGUUUACAUGUUUGUUGCCAUUGGUCAAAAGCAAUCUGUCUAGACAAUUACAUUCCACAUACAUUUCAUGCAGUAAUAAUCAUGUCAUGCCCUUCCUUGGAGAACCAUAGAAACACUGGGAAAUUGAAAUGAAGGCAGGAUAAGUUUUCAGCCAUGAGAGGUGCCCCAGCUAGGCAAGGAGGCUUAAAGUAUAGCACCUUGAACAUUGGGACCAUAGUGAUUGUCUGUUCCCAAGAUCAUUUUUGGAGCUUUUGCACCCCUCAUCACUACAGUCAUACAUUACACUGCAGUGAGGAUCCUUCAUUUAUAUACUAUAUACCACUUGUAGAUACUGGCAGCAGUUGGUUAACUAUGUAAAAUUAAUGUAUAUUGCCAUCCUCUAUCUAGCAUUGUCUUCAUAACUUUGUGCUGAAUAAUAACCACAAAUUAGCAUCAAGACUGGGAUUCAAAUGUAAAUUACUGUGGAUUGUAUAUAUAUAUGCAAGUUCAAAUCCUAGUCAUGGCAGUGAUGUGUGGUGGUUAUUCAUCACUAAAGUGUGAAAAUACAUAUCAUACAGUUGUAUGAUAUGAAGAUACCGCCAGCUAAGAGUGGUCACACAAUAUGUAAACUGAAGAGCCUCAGGUGUGUGUAAUGCUUACUUACGGAUGUGCUAUGUGGCAAAAUAUGGCAUGAAAUGAUUCAGACUAAGGAUGGCAGGCAUGUGAAUGUGUUGUUGGCAUGGAACUGUCCUCAGAAUUAAACAAGGUAUGCAUAUGGGACAUGUUAUCAUUGUAACUGUAUUUGCUAUGAUGUCUAAACCCAAUUUAAUUUUGUAUGCAUUAGAAUUAUUCUAUGCCGUGUAUCACACCUAAGUUCUCAGGAUUAUUGGCCAGGCAUUUCUGCCCUUUAUGAUUAUAAUGUGAAAGUAA